AUGGCAUCGUCCAGGGAGAAAGAUCUACGCGACGGGUCGGUCAAACGCGCCGUCUUGCACGGCAAGACUCCGGCCGUCCAGCCCCCCUCGUUCGGGGCCAUCAACGACCCAGACAUAGAGCCCCUCAGCUCGUCCGGGGUGUCCAGGUCGUCAGAGACGUCUUCGCUUGGCAGCACGCGCCAGGUGGCCCACUCGCGCAGCACACAGAGCCUCACCAUCGCCCAGAAACUGCCGUACUAUCUCCCGUGUUUUUCGUGGAUCCCCUCGUACCAGAAGGAGUACUUCUUGCACGACGUGGUGGCCGGACUGUCGCUCGCGUCGUACCAGAUCCCGCUCAGCAUGUCGUUUGCGAGCGCGGUGGCCCACGUCCCGCCCAUCUGCGGGCUGCUGGGGCUUUCGAUCGCGCCCAUGGUGUACACAUUGCUCGGAACCGUUCCGCAGAUGAUUGUGGGGCCUGAGGCCGCAGUGUCCAUGAUUGUGGGGCAGGCGAUCGAGAAGAUCGUCAAGCACAACGACGGCGUGAACCCAGUCGACGUGCUCGCCGUGAUCACCUCUUCCGCGGGCGCAGUGUUGCUCACGUUCGGGUUGCUCCGCUUCGGCUUCAUCGACAACGUGCUCUGCGGAACGCUGCUCAAGGGCUUCAUCACCGCAAUCGGCCUCACCAUGAUCCUCAACUCCACCAUCGCCAUCCUCGGCAUCGACACCGUUCUGCUCACCCUGCCCCCAGACGAGCACGUGCACUCGGCGUACGAAAAAACACUAUUUAUUAUCCACCACGGCUACCAGUACCACACACACACGCUGGUUGUGGGGCUCGGCGCAUUUGUGGUGCUGCUGGCAGCCAGCUCUGUGAAGAAAGCGCUUGCUCGCCGGAAAUUCAAGCUGUCCACGUUUUUCCCCGAGAUUCUGGUCGUGGUGGUGCUCUCAACAAUUUUGUCUGCACACUUCCGCUUCGACAAGCACGGCGUGCGCGUCCUGGGCAAGGUCGACGUCGAGGACUUCAAGUUCACGCUGCCGUUCGCCGGCGACGCCAAACAGUGGUACCCAAAGGUGUUCUCGACCUCGUUUGUGUGUGCGAUCCUGGGUUUUUUCGAAAGCUCCUCGGCCGGGAAAAGUCUGGGUUCCAGCCUGGAGAUGCCCGUCUCGUCCAACAGAGAGCUCGUUGCGCUGGGAUCUGCAGGCGUGGUGAUGAGUUUCUUUGGGUGUCUGCCCUCAUUUGGCGGCUACGCCCGGUCCAGACUCAACUCUAUCAACGGAGCCAAAACCCCGGUUUCCGGGUUCAUAAUGGGCCUCACCACGCUCCUGGUCACAGCAUACAUGCUCCCGUACGUGUACCAUCUGCCGAUCUGUGUUCUGAACGCCGUCAUCGGCACCGUCGGGCUCUCGCUCGUCCAGGAAACCCCUAAAGACAUAUUAUUCCAUAUCCGCACCAGAGGAUACAACGAGCUCGUCACGUUUGUGGUGACGCUGGCGGCGUCGCUGUUUGUGUCGAUCGACGUGGGCGUUGCGCUGGGAUGCUCGUACUCGGUGAUCCGCGUGAUCAAACACUCCACCAAGUCGCGGAUCCAGUUUCUUUCCCAGGUGGCAGGAACAGCCACGCUCGUGAACGCCGACCUGGACGCAGAGGUGACGGGAAUCACCGAGCAGAUCGUUGUUCCCGGGUACUCUGACUACCGCUCGCAGACAGCAGCGGCCGAACAAACGUCCGGGGUGCGUUCUGCCGGGUCCAAGCUCAACCUGGAGGAUAGAGAAGGGUGUUUGAUAGUGAAGAUCCCCGAACCGCUCACGUUCACCAACGCGAGCGACAUGAAGGCCCGACUCCGUCGUUUGGAGCUGUGCGGGUCGGUGAAAAGCCAUCCGGCCGCGCUGCGUUCGAGCGGGCCGAUCAAACAUGUGGUGUUCGAUAUGAACGGAAUGACGUCUGUGGAUUCGUCGGCCGUCCAGAUGCUCAGGGACACCAUCGAACAGUACCAGCGUCGCGGCAUCAACGUUUUUUUCUGCCGGGUCGUGAAAAGCGCCAAACUGCUCGACCGGUUGCAACUGUCGGGAAUCAACAGUCUGUUGCAGGACUGCCAGGGAGCCGAGUUUGGAAUCAACCAGGUCUGUGCUCCAUACUAUGAUAGCAUUUUGGACGCUCUCAAGGCCAUCGAUUGUAUCGAGGCCACCCGCUCAAUGACAGAGAACCAGAGUGUGAUGUCAUUUUUCUAUGACGGACUUUAG